UUAUGUAUUUGAACCUUGACCAAGACAGAAUAGCACACUGAGUGAUACAUUAUAAUGGCAGCCAGCUUGUCUCUCCUGGAGAAACACCUCUCUUGUCCCGUGUGUAGUGACAUAUUCAGCAACCCUGUCGUCCUCAAAUGCAGCCACAGCUUCUGUGAGGAGUGUCUUCAGAAAUACUGGAAGGAUAUGGACAAUCUGCUGUGUCCUGUAUGCAGUAAAGAGUGUUCAAUUGAGCAACCAAGCCAAAGUUUGGUCUUAAAGAGUCUCUGUGAAUCGUUCCAGAGAGGGAGUGAAAACGAGAAAGGAUCUCAGGAUAUCUGCCAGCUGCACAGAGAGAAACUCAAACUCUUCUGUUUUGAUGACAAGCAGCCCAUAUGUGUUGUCUGUCACAUAUCAAAGAAACAUAAAGGCCAUGACUGCUGUCCCAUUGAGGAGGCUCUGCCUGAUUUGAAGAGUGAAAUCCAGCGUGUGAGUUCCACUUUGAAGAAGGAAUUAGAAAACAUGAACACAGCUAGGAUGUGCCAUUCAACCUGGGAGGCGCAUAUACAGGGUCAAGCCCAGUGUGGAGAGGAGCAGAUAAGGGAGGAGUUUAAGAAACUCCACCAGUUCCUGGAAGAUGAAGAGACAGCCAGGAUAGCUGCCCUGAGAAAGGAGGAGCAACAGAAAUGUCAAGUGAUGCGAAAAAGAGCUGAGCCUUUGACCAAGCAGAUUUCAACCCUAAUAGAGACUAUUCAGAUGAUCAAGGACAUGGAUGUUGACACUAUCACAUUCCUUCAGAAUUACAAGGUCAUACUUAAUAGAGCCGAAUCCACAGCAACAGACACUGCAGAUGCUGAGGUAGUGUCAGGAGCAUUCAUUGACAUAGCCAAGCAUGUGGGAUCUCUGAAAUUCAAGGUCUGGAAGAAGAUGCUUGGGAUCGUUUACUAUACUUCGGUGACCAUGGAUCCAAACACAGUGUCUGCAAGGCUCAAACUGACUCAUGACCUGACCACUGUGACAUACAGUGAGGAGAGGRAGGACCUUCCAGAAAAUCCUGAGAGGCUAAAAAUGGGAGUGUUGGGUUCUGAAGGUUACAGUAAAGGCAGACAUUUUUGGGAUGUAGAGGUAGGAGAAAGUGAUAACUGGACCCUGGGAGUAGCCAAAGAGUCAAUUGUGCGCAACAAGCCACUCAAAAUGGAGCCUCAGAGCGGAUUGUGGAGCAUCAGAUAUAUUAGUGGGAAAUACAGAGUAUGUGUAAAACCACGCAUCCAGAUCAAGCUGGAUGAGAGCCCACGAGUGAUCAGAGUACGUCUGGACUGUGACCAGGGGGAGCUGACAUUCUCUGAUCCCACUAAGAGCACUAUUCUGUACACCUUCAAUGAUACAUUCACUGAAAAAGUGUUCCCAUACUUCUACAGUACCAAUCAGUUUGUCCCACUGCGCCUUUUGUCAGUUAGCCCCAACUUUGGGCAGAAUAUAAACAUGAGUGGAGACAGGUUGCCAGGUUUAUAAUAUGUGGGGACAAAUAUCUACUAACAUGUAUCAACUAGAGGGACCCCAUUCUGUGAACUUUAGUUGAAUCCAGCUCCAUGUAAAUAGAUGUAAGACUUGCCUCAACACAAAGCAUACUAUGGUUAUAAGUAGUGUCUAAUUGAUGCCAAUGGAAUGCAUAUAUACCUUCUAUAUGGUAACAACUUUCUAUCUCAUAAUGCUUGUACGAGUGUUUAAAGCAGUUGUUACAUUAUGUAAAAUGUGUAAAGUACAGUCAAUUAUCUAAAUAAAUAUUAAAAGUGUCUAUUGCA